GUAAAUCAGCGGGAUUUGAACGAGAAUUUCUUCAACAAACAAACGAUAAUGUCGGAAACGCUCACUUUUGGACCUCAGUGGCUGCGUAAUCUCUCUAGUGGCAACAGUGUCACCUCCCCUCCCCCCUCUCCUGGUCCCAAGUACAAGUUAGCAGAGUUUCGCUAUGGCAAAGAAGAGAUGCUUGCAUUGUUUAUUGAAGAUUUAGUGAAACCUGUGGAACUUGAACGGUUCUCUUCCAUUUCAAAGGAUAAGAUUCACUUCCCUUUGGCUUUUAUUCCACCCACUGAAGAAGAACAGCGUCAUUCAUCAGGCUCGGUAAACAGUAAUGCAGUKUUAAAGCUAAUGGGAAGAGGAGCUCCAAGAGGGGCAUCAAGGGGUGUGAGGGGUGGMAUUGGUGGUAGAGGAAGAGGGCGUGGCGAUGGUGGAUUUAUGCGGCAGUCAUCCUAUGAAGAUUCCCGCAGUGAUUCUGGCUAUGUACGUGAYCCAAGAAGACAGAGUUGGGAGGAGGGAAGGAGAGGAGGAUAUGACAGAGGGGGGUUUGACAGAGGAGUUGCAGGUAGAGGAUAUGAUCCAACAUUACGAAGCAGAUUGUCAAGUGAUACAAGCUGGGACAGAAAUGAUUCUGAUGGAUGGCGUUCUAGUGGAAGGGUAGACGAUGAGGAUGGGGGAGGAGGGUGGAGAAUCUCUGGUCAAAGGGAUAAAUCUGAUCGCUGGAGAGGUUCUAAAAUGACAAGAAGUGCUUCCUGGAGAAACUCUGAUUCUUUCCGUGAUGAAMGAGGMUUCCCAGAGGAAGAAUGGCAAGUUGCGCGAAGUGGUCGUUCYCGGUCAUACCAUGAAAGAGAGGACAAUCGAUGGGUGAGUCCUACAGAACCAGAAUGGUGCCGAGAUGACGAUAUGGGAGAGUUUGAUGUCACUGGGACGUUUGACUCUUCUGGGGCUUUUAGAUCUCAAAAGUCAGUAAAUAGUGAGCAAAAGAAAUCCAAAGACGAGGAAGCUCAAGAUGAAAAACCACCRCAACCAACUCAACCAGAGGAAAAAUCACCAUCAAAUAAAGCUACUACACAACCACCCGCUAGUAAAUCACCACCUUCUCAACCCAAAGAACCUGAACCUAAAUCUACGCCUCCAGUAACUGAACAAGUAUCUACUGCUUCAUCUAAACCCCAAGAACAACCAAGUCCUGUUGUCAGCACUGCAAAAUCUGAAGAAAAAGACAGACACACUCCCCCUGCAGUCAUUCAAAAUAAUCAAGCAGAAGAUGACAAAAGGGAGGAAGAACCCAACAUGGAACAUUUUGCAAAAGCUGCUGAAAACCUUGUCAUGUCCUUGGAUGACGAGGUUGAAAAGUCAGACCCUGAUGUGCACCCCCCUGGUUUACGUACCUCCCCCGUUUCUGCUCCUUCAAACCAACCAGAUGAUAUUAAAUGGUAUUACACCGAUCCUCAAGGGAAAAUGCAAGGUCCAUUCAGUAAUGCAGAAAUGGCUGACUGGUUCAAACAUGGAUAUUUUACUAUGAAUCUCAUGAUCAAACGUUCCAUCGAUGAUGCAUUCCAGCCUCUAGGUGAUUUGAUUAAGUCAUGGGGGAGAGUUCCCUUUGUUGCUGGGCCGCAACCACCGCCAUUCAAGGGCAUACCAGAACAACUUCAACAGCAGCAGCAGCAGCAGCAGCAGCUUCUUGCACAACAGCAAUAUCAGCAACUUUUACAGCAGCACAUACUACAACAACGCUUUUUACAACAACAAGCUCUCAUGUUACAGCAACAGCAACAACUACAAAUGCACCACCAGCAAGACCAACAACCACCAGCACCCACUAGCAACAUACCGUCAACACAACCUCAACACACUGCACCCCCAUCAGAACUACCACCACAACAUAUAACACCAGAACARCAAUCRCAACAACAACAACUACUACAACAACAACACAUGCACCAUCAGCAGCAACAACAUUUACAGCAUCUUCAACAACAGCAGCAGCAGCAACAGCAGCAACAGAGGCCACAAGCAUUGGGUGUURCAUCGGAAUCGAUUUGGGGACCAACGGGUACAACAUCUACAUCCCCAGGAAUGAUUUCACCAGGACCGUGGUCACCAGCCACAACAACUAGUGCAGUGGUUUCUAGGGCGUGGGAUGUCGAUACCGGAAACAGUGAUAAAAUUCAAUCGUUACAAGAAAUUCAAAGAUUAGAGGAAGAAAAAGAACGGGCCAUAAAGAUGGAAAAUGAAAGAAGAGAACAAGCAGCGAGGCAGGAACAAGARGAACUGAUGAGAAAACAGAAAGAAUAUUUAAUGCAAAAAAUGAGAGAAGAAGAAGAAAGACAGAAGGAAAUCGAAAAGAAGAAACGAGAACAAGAAGAAUUACUCAAAAGAAAACAAGAAGAAAUGAUACGAAAACAAGAAGAAGCGCGUCAAAAACAAGAAGAAGAACUCCGUAAACAACAACAAAUCGAACAUCAAAGACAAAUUGARCAACARCGACAACUAGAACAACAACGACAACUUGAACAACAGAAGAGACUCGAAGAACAACGCAUGUUAGAAAUGCGACAACAGCAACAACAAGCCYUAGCGAAACUACAACAACAGCAACAAGAACUACAGAGAAGAAAAGAACUAGAACUACAACAGCAAAGAGAAGUACAACAGAAAUUACAACAUAAAAGACAUCAAAAUCAGACAAGCAAUGGAUCUCUCUGGGGCUCAACGCCAACAACAACAGCUCCUUCACUUACAGAGAUCCAACAACARCAAGAACARCGCGAACGAAAUGCUCGAGCAGAACGUGAACGACUCAUGCAGCAUGAACGCGAACAGCAGCAACAGCAACGGAACGCAGCAGGAUGGGCUGACAGAAGUAGUAAAGGACCUGCGAAAUCCCUUCUCGAAAUACAACACGAACAAGAAAAACAACAACUAACAAGAAAACAACAGAAUCAACAGCUUUCUCGAUCACAUCCAUCUCAUAAUCCACUAAGCUCCACAGUCUGGGGCAACAAUCCCCCAUCUCUCUCCUCUUCCUGGGCAUCGAAUACUAAUAACACCCCAGCUAACGCAUGGGGAGGUGCCGCCAACAAGAACCCCAAACAAACCUCUCGAUUUAUGGCUUUGAGUAAUGAUGCCAAUGUUGAUGACGAUGACGAUGAUGAAGAAGAGGAGAGUUUCUGGGACCAAGCUGUGAAUUCUGUAACUAAAACUGGACAGUCUAAAGCCCCUGCUCCGUCUAAACAACAUCAACAAACCAAGUCAAGUCAGAAAAGUAAACCAAGGCAUUCCUUUUCCAUAGUUCCCACAUUUGUUGCGUUUCUUAAAGAAGUUGAUUCACCAUAUGAGAUUCACGAUUAUGUUAAGUCGUACAUUGGCGACAAUAAAGAAGCUAAUGAAUUCGCAAGAAAUUUUAUUGAUCAAAGAAAGAAAGCUUAUUCACAGAAAUCUAAACCACAGACCCAGACAACAGCUGCUCUAUCACAGGGCAGUGUAUGGGGAAACGCGAACCACAAGACACAAACUAAGCCACCACAACAGCAACCACAGACWGUGCAGUCACAAGAAGACAACAACGCCCAAGGAGGCGAUUCAACAGCGAACAAGAAGAAAAAGAAGAAGAAAAUGCAAAAGGUUGAUCCAAGAAUUCUUGGUUUCAGUGUUAACGCUGCUGAAAGGGUAAACAUUGGAGAAAUACAGACUCUGGAAGACCCUUAGCCAUGCUCGACCCAGCCUCCUACUCGUCCACUAUGGCUGAAAAGUCCUGGGUUCGAGUAUUAAAACAAUGGUAAUGCGACACUGUUGAAAGUCUCCUUUUCGAUUUGUAUUUCACUUCACGUGUUUUCUAUUCCCGUUGAAGUUUUAUAGACUCCUGCAAGCAAUUUUACGUUUUAUAUCGGCUCCAAAGGAUUGUGGGAACAUUUUGGUUGAUACACAGGAAUCCCGUGUUGGUUUUAUAACAAUUGUAUUUGUAUAAAGGCGAAGAGACUAGUGUCAAAGAAAGAGAAUUGUGUAUGAUAGGGACACUGGCGACAUGAAAUGAAAACAGCAACAAAUAAAAAACAAAUGAAAAUUU